CCAUGACUUAGAUACUCUGUAGUUUAUUAGCAAUGGAAAUAGAUUUUUAUUUAGAUUUGGGGUUAGGACUGUACUCACUGACAGGUCAUAUUAGGCCUACAUAACUAGGCCUACUGAUAAUUUGAUGUCUAAUCUGAGAAAUGUCUAGUUAGAAAACUGGGUACUAGGACACAACAUGGGUGAAAAAAUAAAUGAUAUAUCAGUUUAGAUGCUGACAGAUCCGGGAUAACUACUAUCUGGGUUGACUCAAAAACACCAUUACUACAUCUAAUCAGUAGCCAAUAAAUGUUUCUUGAUAGCCUGACAUAAACCUCACAAAUUCCAUUUGCACUACACUAUAGUGAGGAGCCCUUAAUAGGUUCAGAGGAACAGUCCACCUCAUUUGGCUACAAAUCCCAGUAUCCUCUGCGGUCCCCUCGCCCCGUCACAGGUUGUCCACAGUUGAAAAUGAGGAAGGGAGUUUUCAGCCCCCAUUCAAUGAAGAAAGUGACACACUGACUUGCACGAUCACAAACCACAACGUCUUUUAAAGUCUUAUUUUGGUAAUCUCUAUUGGCAUUUGGUUCGCUUUAUGGACUCGUGAACCUGUAACGUUAGCCGAGCUUGCUAGCUGAUUAGCUAACGAUAGCUAGCCAACUGUUUACGUGAUUUCUCAGGACAAGUAGAAGAUCUAUGCUAGGCAUGGGAUUUGAAGUGAUUUUCGUCUCCGCAACUGCACCAGUAGCUCCUUUGUAGGGUGGGUUGCCGUGCCAACUUCAGCUUCUGCUGUCACCAUGGCAACCAGCAAGUCUAUGCAUCUGCGGGUCUUCUCCCUCAACUGCUGGGGUAUCCGUUAUGUCAGUAAGCACUGUGUGGAGCGUUUCAAAAUGAUUGGAGAUCUGCUGAGCAGAGAGGACUAUGACAUUGUCCUUCUUCAGGAGGUUUGGAGUGAGAAAGAUGUCCUCUACCUGAAGAAAACUCUCUCCUAUACCCAUCCAUACUCCCAUCAUUUCAAAAGUGGAGUCAUAGGCAGUGGGCUGGCCGUCUUCUCCAAGUACCGCAUCCAUGAUGCAUUUCUGUACCGCUUCUCUGUGAAUGGAUACCCCUACAAGGUCCAACAUGGAGACUGGUUCGGAGGGAAGGCUGUUGGAAUGGUACAGAUGAAGAUCGGUGGGUUGAUGGCCCAUAUCUACGUCACACAUCUUCAUGCAGAGUACUGCAGGGAGAAGGAUGCCUAUCUGCCCCAUCGAGUCGUUCAGGCCUGGGAACUGCAGCACUUCAUCCGGCACACCUCCAGAGGGGCCGACCUGGUCAUCCUGGGGGGCGACUUCAACAUGCACCCCCAGGACCUGGGCUGCCGUCUGCUGCGGACCUCCACCGGCCUGAGGGACUGCUACACGGAGACGGACAAAUUUGACGGCUGUGAGAAUGGACACACUCUCAUAGCCAACAACCCCUUCAUCAAUGAGAAAGAGCUGCGCCCUUUUGAGAAGGGCAUUCGCAUCGACUACAUUCUGUUUAAGGGGUCCAAGCGUGUAGAGAUGAAGUGUGAGUCUCUGAGCACUACCCAGGGGUCGUAUCCGGGUCGGGCCUUCCCCCUGUCGGACCACGAGGCCCUGAGUGCCCAUCUCCUGCUGGUGCCCUCGGACCCGGCCAGCCAGCAGGGGGAGCCAGAGAGCGGCAAGGAGAACACAGGUAAGCUGGCGGAGCUAGUGGACCUGGUGACGGAGGCGCGUACAGAGGUGAAGGUGGGGGUGCACUGCGCCCAGCAGAAGCGCUACAGCGCGGCGCGCACCGGCGGAAUGGGGCUGGCGCUGCUGCUGCUGGAGCUGGCCAUCGCAGCGGUGCCCUGGCUGGCCACGGCGGCCGCGCAGCACCCCUUCCCGCGCGCCUCCUUCUACCUGCUGGGGGCCCUGUGCUUCUGCCUGCUGCUGUGCGCCGUGGUGCUGUGGCUCUUCCACAGCACCGAGCUCAAGGCCCUGCAGAGCGCCGACGACCACAUGAGGCUCGCCGCCGCCAGCCUGCAGGAGGAGCUCCGGGGGGCGAAGACGCCGCCCCCACAACACGCCCACGGGGAAAACCCCACCAAUCAGGACGCCUGCAGUAAGGAGGACUAAGCGUUAGCAGGAAAGAUGGGGUGUUUUUUGACUCCAUGACCGAAUCAGUUGAAAACCGGCUCUAAGACCUCAGUGAAAGCUCCUGACUUUGCGUAGAUGCUUGGAUAUAAGUGAUCAUAUCAUUUGAUAUCAGAAUCCUAUAAAGUACUACUCUCUUGACUGUCCUAUUUUCCCUAAGUAUUCUGUGUCUCAGGAUAUCAGAGGGACCAAUUUUCCCCUCCAGCUGCACCAGUAGCAGAGUGAGACGUCUGAAUAAACUGCAUUAGUAGCAGAGUGAGACGUCUGAAUAAACUUCAUCAGUAGCAGAGUGAGACGUCUGAAUAAGCUGCCUCAGUAGCAGAGUGAGACGUCUGAAUAAGCUGCACCAGUAGCAGAGUGAGACGUCUGAAUAAACUUCAUCAGUAGCAGAGUGAGACGUCUGAAUAUGCUGCCUCAGUAGCAGAGUGAGACAUCUGAAUAAUGAGUAAUGUGAGCUUAGAGGCUGGAGGACUAAAUCUCCUGUCACCCUUUUCACUCAAAGAAGCCCUGCCCUCCUCAGGAAUGAUGUGUGUUACCAUGGUGAUAGAAGCAGACUGUCUUACUUCUCCCGUUCAGCCCUCUGAUGCUGCUAAUGUGGUAAUGGUCCAAGACUGUUUUACCUCUUCCACCAGCCUCCUGAAGUUCCCAUUGACUUCUGUUCCUGCGUCCUGUUUAAAGCCCUGCAGGACAGCGGCUCUUUGGGACAAGCCAGCAUUCCCCCCCCCCCCCCCCCCCCCUCUACUUUCCUUCGCUGACCUCCCCUGCCUCCUAUCCCUUUCUCCUGCGCUUCAUCAUUUCCUCUUUACGAAGCUCACCGCCACCGUUGAUGACAUCAGAGUCCUUCACCCCCCCCCUGCUCUCAUCUCUGUCUCUCUUCCGUCUUCCUUUUCCCCCCCUCCAUCUUGUCUUCUCUACCCCUCUAUAUCAUACACUGUAACCACUUUUGAAUACCCACUUUCAUCCUGUUUGUGUUUUUAAUAAGUGGUAUCAUAUGGCUUGUCUUCUAUGUGCUUUUUCCCAGUUCCACUCAUCAUUGUCUGUGAGAGUUGUUUUACUGUCAUUUGCACCAAACUGAUCAAGUUUUGGCACGCAUCGUGGUUCUGCACUUACGGGAAAAUGAAGUGUCACGCGUCACAGCCUCCUUUGAGAACACGCGUCACAGCCUCCUUUGAGAACACGCGCCGCAGCCUCCUUUGAGAACACGCGUCGCCGCCUCCUUUGAGUGCAAGUGAGGACUCAUCAGCGGCACCCACAUUUUUGACAACUGAGCCAAGUGACUGAUGCAGAACACCUAGAACAGCCGAAAUAGAAUCUACCACAACUAAAAUGUUUCCUUAAAAAUGAUGGCCAUAUUUUUAUGAUGUUGCAGUUAUUUCAUUGUACUGUAGUCCUAAUAAUAUGUUAUUAUUGUACAUAUCCUAUGUAAUGAAGGACACAUUUAUAAAAAAUAAAUAAAUAAUGAUUUCUUGUA